AUGAGGCCACGCCUUCCGCGGCUUGUGCCGCUUCUGUUCGUUCUUCUUUCGAUAUGUCUGACCGUAUACUCACGAUCCGAUCUGGACCAAGAGGCAGACCAUGCCUACCAAAAACCCCUCGGUGCAGGCCAAACACCAGGCAGCCGUGGAUCACCGGGGCAGAGCAAAGAGGCCUGGAAAUCAAGAUGGGGAACUACCGAAGAUGAGGGCGUGAAUGCGCAUCAGGGAGCCCUGGCCUUUGACGAGGCCAUGGCCCUUCUCCGCCAGAUCAAACCCGCAACAGCACCCUGGUGGAACUUUGACAGGAAAUCCGGCAUACUAGGCGCAAGCGCAUACUACGCAAAAGAAGUCUUCUUCCUCCUCUUCAUGAAUGGACCUUCGCAGCAGGAACUCCUGACCACGAACCCGCAACCGAAGAAACUUGGGCAGCCGCUCUCCCAAGCCGUCACGCUACUCGAGGAGGCCGCCGCGGAGAAGAACCCCGACGCACUAUUCAUGCUCGCCGAAAUGAACUUUCACGGCAACUACACACAUCCGCGCAACUACUCUGAAGCCUUUCGACGCUACCAUGAGCUCGCCACCCUCACCGGAAACGCCUCAGCACAGCACAUGGUUGGCUUCAUGCAUGCAACAGGCAUAGGUGGGGCAGUCAAGCAAGAUCAGUCCAAGGCGCUUCUGUACUACACCCUCGGUGCUGAAGGCGGCGAUAUACGGUCAGAGAUGGCCGUCGCAUACAGGCAUUCAGCUGGCAUAUCCACUCCGCGUAACUGUGAGGAGGCCGUGUACUUUUACCGGCAAGCUGCCAGAAAGGCUAUUGCAUACAUGCGAUCUGGACCGCCGGGCGGACAUUCUAUGCCGAGAGAGUCGUACAACAUUGCUGACGAUCAGGGUGGUGUGUACGGUGAUGGCGCAAGCGCAAGUAGUUCCGGGGCCAACGCCAAAGUGGCCAGUGUUCAAUCAGACGCCUUCUCCUCAUUAGACGAUGUGUUCGAAUACAUGGAUCUUCAGGCUCGCAAAGGCGACGCCAGAGCUACUUUCAACCUUGCAAAGUUAAACUAUGAUGGUGCACGAACUCUAAAGCGCGACCUUCCAGCUGCCAAGAAGCGAUUUCUGGAGCUUGCUCGCAUGUACUGGACGCCAGGUGGGAAAAUCAACGCCAAUGUCUCGCCAACCACCGAGAAGCUCGCUGCAAAAGCCGCUGGAUACCUUGGUCGAAUGUUCUUGCGGGGCGAGGGAAUGGCCCAAAGUUUUGAGAUUGCAAAGACGUGGUUUAGGCGCGGCAUCGAGCUCGGAGAUGCGCUAUCACAGUACUCCAUGGGCAUCAUGUAUCUCAAGGGGCUCGGCGUACCACAAGAUCCUGUCAAAGCUGCAGAGCUAUUUGGCGCCGCAGCCGACCAGGAUCUCGCGGUUGCUCAAGUCAGGCUUGGAGCACUGUUCUUGGAUCAAGGAGACGUCUCCACUGCUAUCAAGUACUUUGAGCUCGCGGCUAGACAUGGACAUCUUGAAGCCUUCUAUUACCUGGCUGAGAUGACGCAUAAUGGUGUCGGUCGUGACAAGUCGUGUCCUGUGGCAGCUGCGUACUACAAGCUAGUCGCAGAGAAAGCCGAGCUGGUGUCGACUUCUUUCCCAGAAGCCAACGAAGCCUACGCGAAUGGUGACCUGGAGACAGCACUUAUUAACUACAUGUUGGCAGCUGAACAAGGUUUCGAGGUCGGACAAGCCAAUGUUGCUUAUCUUCUUGAUCAGGCCAAACCGCGAUUCACAUUCGACUCUCUGUUGCCCUUUAUGAAGCAAAAGGCUACACUAGCAAGCGAUGCUUUCUUGGCCUUGGUUUACUGGACACGCUCUGCUGAACAGAAAAAUGUCGACUCCAUGGUCAAAAUGGGAGACUACUACCUCAUGGGCAUUGGAACGCAACCUGAUCAAGAAAAGGCAGCAGCUUGCUACCAAGCAGCGGCAGAGACGAUGCGAAGCGCACAGGCAUUAUGGAACCUUGGCUGGAUGCAUGAAAACGGGAUUGGUAUCGACCAGGACUUCCAUCUCGCAAAGCGACACUAUGACUUGGCAUUGGAGACGAAUCCCCGUGAGGCCUACCUACCCGUUCUACUGGCCUUGUAUAAAUUGAGAUUCCGGAGUUGGUGGAACACGUUCACGAAUGGUAACAUCAAGUCUAUCCAGGAAGAACCAGUGGUCAAGAAAACUUGGACUCUUUCCGAAUGGCUUAGUGCGUUCCUCGAAGCCGAACUUGCUGGUUGGGACGACUACGAGCCCGACGACUAUGACGAUGGGGGCGAUGAUUUCUACGGAGACGGUUAUCACGGCGAUGAUAUUGACUCAGACAUACUUGAGUCACUCAUUAUCUUGGCUCUCAGCGGAGCUUUGGCCUUUCUACUCUACUACCGAACACAAAGACAGCGCCGACAGGAAGAAGAAAGAAGACGGCAGCAGGAACAGCAAGCGCAGCUGAAUCAAGGUAUACCAAUACCCCAACAGCAGCAGGCACAAGCAGAGCCGCAGCAAGACAGAGGCCUUUUCCCCAACCCUAAUGACCCGGAAUUCAUGAAUUGGGUUGCAGGAGGAGUGGGACAUUAA